AUGGCGAACGCUGCACUGUCGCGCUUCUUCUGCUCGAAAUUGCUCGUCAGGUGCUCGGCCUACGAGAAGGAUGCCGGCGGCGGAGGUGUUAGGGUGAACGGCGCGGCGCACCGCGCGCCGCUGCAAGUCGGGGCGGCGCUGGAGACGUCGAUCAACAGGUCGCUGGCGGGGCUGAGCGCGCCGGUGCUGGCACCUCUGGGCGAGGACGAGGGGGAGGGGGAGGGGGAGGAGCGGCGGCGGAGCGAGCGGCAGAACAUCCCGAGGGAGAAGCAGACGGCGGACCCGUUCCGGCAGGCGCUGAUCGUGGAGGGCGGCGUGCGGUACCGGCAGACGGUGGUGGUGCGGUCGUACGAGGUGGGCGCCGACCGGACGGCCACCCUGGAGACGGUGCUCAACCUCCUCCAGGAGACGGCGCUGAACCACGUGUGGAUGUCGGGUCUCCUCGGCGACGGCUUCGGCGCCACGCACGGCAUGGCCAGGAACAACCUCAUCUGGGUCGUCUCCCGGAUGCACGUCCAGGUCGACCACUACCCCAUCUGGGGAGAGGUGCUGGACAUCGACACGUGGGUCGGCUCGUCGGGGAAGAACGGCAUGCGGCGCGACUGGCUCAUCCGCAGCCGCAGCUCCGGCGCCGACUUCGUCCGAGCGACCAGUACAUGGGUGAUGAUGAACAAGGCCACCAGGAGGCUGUCGAAGAUGCCGGAGGAGGUGAGGGCCGAGAUCUCGCCGUGGUUCACAGACAGGCACGCCAUCCAGGACCAGGAAGAGGCCACCGACAAGAUCAUCAAGCUCGACGCCAAUGCCACCUAUGUCGACUCGGACUUGAAGCCGAGGCGAAGCGAUUUGGAUAUGAACCAUCACGUCAACAACGUCAAAUAUGUACGGUGGAUGCUUGAGACUCUGCCUGACCAAUUCCUGCAGCAGCACCAGCUCAGCAGCAUCGUCCUGGAAUACAGGAAGGAAUGUGGAAGCUCGGACGUGGUCCAAUCCAUCUGCCAACCGGACGAAGAAGACACGAUUCUGCCGGGAGAAAACGUUGGCAUCGUGACGGGUUGUCCUUCGCUCUCGCCGGAGAUCAUCAACGGCUGCCACCUUGGCCUGGCCGGUGCGCUCCGGCGAUGGCCGACGAGGUACACGCAUCUGCUGCAGCUGAAGGCGGAUGGUGGCAAGUACGAGGAGAUCGUGAGAGGGAGAACCACGUGGAAGAAGAAGUCGUAUCAAACUUCUUGAUGUUGUUCUAAAGAGAAGAAAAAGAAAAAACACUCAACUCAGGCUUCUUUUGGUUUUAUGUCUAUUAAUUACAGGGGUAUCUGUAGUGUGUUUUGUGCUUUAGCAAGUUUGUCUUUGUUGGAGAUAUUGUGCUCGCUAUACACAUGUUACAUGUACCUCUGUUGUAGAGGUCCCAAUCCAAACAUUAUCCACGAAUUUAGCCGUACAUGU